CGCUGACAUGCUCGGCUGCUGCAGUUUGUCUCCGCGAAAACAAGCCGAGCGUUUUGGACGUGCGGCUCUGAGCUCACCAAAGUAGAUCAUUUCAGCUCAUCUGUGAGCAGCGGCAGCAUGUUCCAGUAGGCCUCCCAGUGUUCCCAGUGGGGUAAGGAGGACAUGGUGAACUCACUCUGCCUGGCUCUGCUCACCUCCGUUCCCCUGCUGUGGUUUGUGGGGGAAUCUGCGGGGAUGCCGGACCCCGCUCGCAGGGACUUGCUGAUGCGUGAGGAGGCGUCCCGGCAGACGGGAGGCCUGCUGGCGCUCACGGCGGCCGAGCAGAAGCUGGACGCCGACCUGCAUCGGUUAAAGGAGCAGGAGAUGGCGGCCACUCACUUCCUUCCUGCCUUACACUUCUUCAAGGCGAAGCCGCUCAUCGAGAAGAGCGCCAUCUACAGACUCUUGCAGAAGAUGCCUAAAGGUGGCGCUCUCCACAUCCACAGUUCAUCGCUGGUCAGCGCCGAAUGGCUGGUGAAAAACGUCACCUACAGACCUCACUGCUACAUCUGCUUCACGUGGGACAACUCGGUCCGCUUCCUGUUCUCCAAUCAGCAGCCCUUCCCUCGGUGGGACUGCUUCUACUGGCAGCUGCUGGAGUCGCUAAGAGCCAGGAUAGAGGACAAUGCAGGAUUUGACAGCAGUUUAAUCCAGCACCUCACCCUGUUUACUGAGAAUCCAGAUGGUGAAUAUCCAAACCAGGAUGUUGUGUGGGAGAAGUUUGAGAAGGCCUUCAUCGCCGCUGCGGGGUUGAUAACCCACGCUCCUGUUCUGAGGGAUUACAUCUACAAGGGAUUAGAGGAGCUUCACAGGGACAACAUCAUGUAUCUGGAGCUGAGGAGUGGUCUGUCCAGGACGUAUGAACUUGAUGGAACGAUUCACGACAAGAUCUGGACUCUGAAGAUGUUCCAGGAAGUGACAUCAAAGUUCAAACAAAAUUAUCCAGAGUUUUUUGGAGCCAGGAUUAUAAUUUCAGUCCACAGGGCUCUGAGUGUGUCAGAGGUCAAAGCUGCUGUGACAGAGGCCAUCCAGCUGAAGAAAGACUUCCCAGAUGUUGUUGCAGGAUUUGACAUGGUCGGUAGGGAGAAUAGCGGGCGGACUCUUUGGUACUUCAGAGAAGCUCUUUCCCUGCCAGCUGAGCUGGGAGCAUCGCUGCCGUACUUCUUCCAUGCAGGAGAGACGGGUCAGUAG